GCAGUUAGGUGCAUGUACUCGUGUCAUUACGGUAAUAGUGGCUGACAUUGAAGGAAGUGGAGCAGCGGCAUACGUGAUGUUUUUUUGUGCGCCAAAAAUAAAGUGGGACGAAAAGAAAUGUCAGCAUGUCUGAAACCGGUGCACAGUUGUUUGCCAGACUUGAGGGGCGGCGAUGCCUGAAGGACAUUGAGCCCCAAAUAUUUCCUGAUGAUUGUGGACCAUCACAAGGAGACAUUGUGGAGCUGCAUGGCACAGAGGGCACAGCUAAAAGCGAGAUGCUGUACCACCUGAUUGUGCGCUGCAUCCUACCCACUAAGCAUGGGGGACUGGAGACCGAGGUCAUGUUCGUGGACACCGACUACCACUUCGACACGCUUCGUCUGGUGACCAUCCUAGAGGCCAGGUUGGCUCAGCAAUCAGCGGAGCCCACAAGAGAGAGCUGUCCAAAGGAGGGCACUGAGGAAGAGGAGGGUGAUGAGGAGAUGGUAAAGGCAUGCCUGCAGAGGCUCUUCUUGGUUCACAGCAGCACUUCGGCCCAGAUGCUUCUCAGCCUUCAUUACCUGGAGGGCUGGUUCAGCAGUAGGCCUACGUUGGGCCUGCUGGUCCUGGACAGCAUCUCAGCCUUCUACUGGCAGGACCGGUGCAACGGCGGCGGGAGCGUGCCCAGGCAGGAGGCCAACCUUCGAAAGUGUACCCAGCUUCUGGAAAGACUCCGCAGGGACUAUGGCAUUGUGGUGUUUGCCACCGUGCAUGCCAUCAUGAGGAACUACGGGAACUCGUCUGAAACAUCCAGCAACACAGCACCCAGGCCGCGUGAGGCACCAUCACCAUCGACCUCUUCAUCGGCAUCUUCAAGCUCUUGGAGACGGAGCAACGUGGUUGACUUUGAUAAGCCAUACAUAUGCCCGGUGUGGCGGAGACUGGUUACGCAAAGGUUGGUGUUCUCAAAGAGUGAUGUUUCAAAGGACAAAAGCCCGGUGUUCUCUGUGGCAUGCACCACCACCAGGACGAGAGGAGUGAAGAGGAGCUCAUUCUGUAUAACAGAUGGUGGGAUGCAGUUCUUAUGAUAAAUGCUACUGGUUUGUUUAAUUUCCUUAUGAUGAACACUACUGUUUUUUUGUGUGUAAUUGGGGGAUCCUUUAUGUGUCUGUGAUUUUUAUUCUUUUAUUGUGCAUGUUUCUGUAAUGUUUCUUCUCCAAAUUACUUUUGUCCCAGUUGUUCUGGAGAAUUAAAAAAACAUUUAAAAAGUA